AUGUUAUCUGGGUUAAUGAACCUUUUGAGGGCCUGUUUUCGGCCAAAGGCAGAACGAUAUGUUCACACGGGUUCAGAUGCCAAUGGCCGUCAAGAUGGGCUUCUUUGGUAUAAGGAUACAGGGCAUCAUUCCAAUGGGGAGUAUUCUAUGGCUGUAGUUCAAGCUAAUAAUUUACUUGAGGAUCAGAGCCAACUUGAAUCUGGUUGUUUGAGCUCUCAUGAUUCUGGACCAUAUGGUACUUUUGUGGGGGUUUACGAUGGACAUGGCGGUCCCGAGACUUCUCGGUUUAUCAACGAGCACCUCUUCCGACAUCUCAAGAGGUUCACUUCAGAGCAUCAAUCUAUGUCAGUGGAGGUGAUACGGAAGGCAUUUCAAGCAACGGAGGAUGGUUUUUUCUCACUUGUCAGCAGGCAAUGGCCCAUGAAACCACAGAUAGCAGCAGUUGGCUCGUGCUGCCUUGUCGGAGUCAUUUGCGGAGGAACUCUAUAUAUUGCCAACCUUGGUGAUUCCCGUGCUGUUUUGGGAAGACUAGUCAAGGCAACGGGGGAAGUAUUGUCCAUUCGGCUCUCGGCAGAGCACAAUGCGAGUAUUGAGUCUGUGAGACAGGAGCUGCAUUCACUGCACCCUGACGACCCACAAAUCGUAGUACUAAAGCAUAAUGUGUGGCGAGUGAAGGGCCUCAUACAGAUUUCAAGGUCUAUUGGUGAUGUGUACUUGAAAAAGGCUGAAUUCAACAGGGAGCCAUUAUAUGCAAAGUUUCGACUUCGUGAACCUUUCAAAAGACCAAUUUUGAGCGCAGAACCAUCAAUUUCUGCGCACCAAUUGCUACCUCAUGAUCAGUUUGUUAUAUUUGCAUCAGAUGGCCUAUGGGAGCACCUUACCGACCAGGAAGCUGUUGAUCUUGUCCAAAAUCAUCCACGAAAUGGGAUUGCUAGAAGAUUAGUGAAAACAGCAUUGCAAGAAGCGGCAAAGAAGAGGGAGAUGAGGGCUAGUACAGUUCGGAGUCCUAAUGUAUCUGUGAAAGGGGGCGGUAUCAAUAUUCCACACAAUACCCUUGCGCCUUGCACCACCCCGACAGAAGCUGGUACUACUUGA